ACUAUACGAUCAGAAUUCAGAAUGUGAAAAGAAAUGGAAGAGGUGAGAGUACUGGGAGUCUGGUCUAGUAUUUACUGUCACAGAGUUAUCUGGGCUUUGAACCUCAAAGGUAUCGACUUUGAUUAUACCGAAGAGGAUUUAGCGAAUAAGAGCGAUGAACUUAUACACUAUAACCCAGUCUACCAACGGAUACCGGUUUUCAUUCAUAAUGGAAAACCGAUAGCGGAAUCGAUUAUUAUUCUUGAGUAUAUUGAUGAUAUGUGGCCUCAAAAUCCCUUGCUUCCCACUGAUCCUUAUGAAAAAGCGAUGGCUCGAUUCUGGGCAAAGUUUCUAGAAGAUACGAGCCCAACCUUUUACGCUUACUUGCGAGCUGUCGGGGAAGAACAAGAGAACCUAGCAAAAGAAGCUAAAGAAUUGCUGCAUAUAAUAGAAGAGAAAGGAUUAGGAGAGAAGGAUUUUUUUGGUGGGAAUCGAAUCGGAUUCACUGAUAUAUGUUUGGGAUGGAUUGCUUGCUGGCUGCCAUUGAUGCAGGAAGCAGCAGAAAUCAAACUACUGGAAUCCAAUAAUCUUCCCAGGUUACAGGCUUGGAGCAGAAGAUUUAAGGAAGUUCCGGAGAUUAAAGACAGAUUACAAUACAAUGAUAAGAUGUUGAACUACUUCAAAGGGUUACGCGAGAGAUUCACUACACCUCCGGCGCACUGAUCAACACGACUUCAAUAAUAGUCCCUUUUUACUGAAAAAGGCGUGUCCCCUACCAGCAGAAGAACUACAGAAGGAAGCCUGUAGCCCUGUACAUCAGAUACUUCAACUAUCUUUAGAAUGUCAUAUCAUUAGAAAAUCUAAACCAAGUACCAUUUAUAUUAUUCAGAUCAUUCUUCUUUCUUUCAUAGAAUUAAAAUGGAGGAAGUCCGAGUAAUGAGUUUUGUCUCGUGUUUACCUCCACUUCCGGGUUUUGAAACUCAAGGCUGUUAGCUUUGACAAAGCAAAAGAGGAUUUAGCAAAUAACAACAAUGAUCUUUCCCAAU